AUGGAAGUUGGACGACGCCCAUCGUCCAUAGUAAGAAGCUCUCCAUUAAUAAAAGGCUCUAAUCUUAAUAAAGUUCGGGGAUAUCCAUUUGGGACUGUUUAUGGACGACCAGCUGUAGGAGGAGGAGGAGGAGGAGGGAUAGAAGAAAAACAGAUCAAUCGAAUUGUUGAGGAAGAACAAGAGCAAAUUUACCAAGUUCCUGAAGCUAAUAAUCACAUAACAACUAUCCCUCUGAGGACUCCUCCGCCGCCGAUCGACGAUAAAAUUGGAAGUUCAAUAGAGGCUACAACUGACAAGAACAAUCAUUUACAUGUAGCAACGUCAUGCCCACCUUUUGCCCACAGAAACAAUUCCAUGAGAAGUCCAAGACAGGCUUCGAAAUUGGAUAAGUCUCAAACAACUUCGUCUAUAAAUACACUGAGAAGGGAAUCUGACAUGGUUCGUAAAGCAAGUCGAACACCCAGUGGAGGGAACAUCUCACAAAAAGGCGACUCUGCUUGGCCAGGCUCAAAGCUGGCUGGUAAGGUGGAUAGUGCUAAAACGCCUAGUAUUCGUAGUUACUGGGAACAUAACAUUCACAAGGAGCAAUUAGAACGUGAAGAAACAGCUCGAACAGCUCGGCCGAAAACUUACGGAUUUCCCAAGUGGCGGUCUUCAGAUGCUUUAUCUGCUUCUUUAGUUGCUUCUAACUCAGUUGAUAUUCCUAAGGAUAGUCGAAUCCCCGAGGAUAGAUUGAAAAAAAUGGAACAAACUGAUAAGGAAGCUAUGGUUGUGAAGCAACACAUUCAUCAAUCCAUUGAGCCCACUCGUCCUCUUCAUAAAGGCAAAAGCCUAGACUCCUUGGUUCAGCAGGAGCAGCAACACCAACAACAACAACAGUCAUGGUACGAUCGAGAGAAAAUUCGCGAAGGCGUUAGUCGUGAAUCUAUUGCGAAUAUUCACGAAGCACGUCAACGAUUCGAAAGUGGAGAUUUCAAUCAUAGAGAACGAUCAUUCUCUAGUGCAUCAUGCAGACCUGAACCUGUUCCACCUCCUCUACCACCAAAGAGUGAAGAGAUUAUUCUGAGACAGGCAGCCCAGCGGUAUUCAGAAUGCCAAGACAGCGUAGACAGUUAUCCAGUUUCCAAUUAUCGAAAUACUGCCAAUAAUCAGAACUCCAAUGGCUCUGCGAAUAUCACGAGAGAACAUAACUUCCUUUUCGAACAACAACUCCUUUUACUAUACUUCAAGCAAAAUCCCGAAAUAGUUAAUAGUAUUGGAAUCAGUGUUUCCGAAGCAGUCAGACAGCUGAUUGAGGAAAUUCCUUUCCGACGAGUCGAAAUUCGACAAGUUGAUGACGAUAUGAACCAGUGGCAAUACUCUCCGAACAAUCAAAAACUCGGAAGGUAUAUCAAGAAAGCACAGUUCGGACCGAAUGCUCCGCGUUUCCGUAAGAACGAUCCUAGUCGAGAACGACAGGAAGAUAUCAGACCUGGAGAAUCAAUUGUUGCUGCUGAAAUAAGACAUGCACGUGAGCGAGAAGAGGAACUUAGACGUAGUCGAAGUGAAUUGGGUUUGCCCACACUAGAAGAUACAAUCGAUUCUUGGCGACAUGGUAACAGAGGAUUCAGUAUUCCUAACCAGUUACGGAGUGCAAUGAGUUACGAUCACAUACAUCAAAACGGAGUUCAGAAAACACCUUCAAUGGGUGAGAUAUCACAUGAAUCCUAUGGAUCAUACUCCCGAAACGAUCAUGGAAGUAGAACUGAUUUGAGACGCCCCGGUUACGGACCUACUCCUUAUCGAUUGCAUAACACUGACGAUCAAGAUGUGAUGUUCUACGGUCCAACUCGUCGGCAGUUACCUCAGCUAAAACGAUUUGACUGA